AAACAUUCAAGUCAACAAAACCAGCCAGGGGCAAAUACGUAAAUUAGAGAAGACCAACUUGCUGGUUUUGUUUUCAUUAUCACCACUCACAUGAACUCUGCAUUAAAAAUUGUCUCUCUCAAAUCUAAAGACACAACCCAACUUUUCUCGCAAGUCGCUGUAAAGUUGAUCUUUGCUCCUUUUUUAUAUACACACAUCUUCUCCUCCCUUUAACACCUCUCUCUCUUCAAAACCUCCACUUUCUCUUAACCCUAAAGAAAGAUAUCAAAGACCGCGACCUAUAUCAAGAUUUUAUAAACACAAGAACGUUAUCACGUACCUCAAGAUCAACAUGCUCGCCGUUCACCGUCCUUCCUCCGCUGUAUCCAACGGAGACUCCGUCCAGGUUCCCAAUAUGAUCGCUUCUUUCCAAAAACGUUUCCCUUCUCUCUCACGCGACACAACCGCCGCUAGUUUCCAUACCCACGAGGUUGGUCCUAACCAGUGUUGCUCCGCCGUCAUCCAAGAGAUCUCCGCACCUAUCUCCACAGUUUGGUCCGUCGUCCGACGCUUCGACAACCCGCAAGCUUACAAACACUUCCUCAAAAGCUGCGACGUCAUAGGCGGAGACGGUGGAAACGUUGGUAGCCUCCGUCAAGUCCACGUCGUUUCCGGCCUUCCCGCCGCGAGCUCCACCGAACGUCUCGAUAUUCUCGAUGACGAGCGUCAUAUCAUUAGUUUCAGCGUCGUUGGUGGGGACCACCGGUUAUCUAACUACCGGUCGGUCACGACUCUUCACUCUUCUCCUAUCUCCGGGACCGUUGUUGUUGAGUCUUACGUCGUUGAUGUGCCUCCGGGGAACACUAAGGAAGAGACUUGCGACUUUGUUGAUGUUAUUGUACGUUGCAAUCUUCAGUCUCUUGCUAAAAUAGCUGAGAGUUCUGUGGUGGAAGGGAAGAAGAAGAAGACGUCCAUGUAAUGAGUGUUUUAUUGUCUGAAUAGUUUCGUUUUGAUCCGACGUUGUUUUGAUGUUUUUAAGCCGUCGUGUGAUCUAUGUUUUUCCGGCUUAUCGUGUGAAAAAAGAGAAUACAUUAGUAAGUUAAUCUCUGGUGCAUCAUAAUCUUAUGUUUUGUAUUUUAUAUCCAUAAAGAACCGAUUCUGAUAACCCUAUUCCGGCUUUCACCACCCACAGAUAAUGAAAACUAAUUAUAUGAGAAAUUGGUUGCGUCC